AUUUGAUUUAACAAUACUGUACAUGGGACGAAGACCCUUAACAGUUAUUAAUUUUCAUUGCUUUUCAUCUUUGCAUAUGUUAAACAGUGUUUGUAGUUAUUGUAAAGGUUUUCAACAACCUUUGAACCAUUACCUUGAGUCACGUGAGCUCUUUGUUAUUGUUUCAGGUGACGUGUCUCCAGCUGGAAAACAAUUUUAUUCUUUGGCCCUUGAUUGAAAUGACUUGGUCUGUUGUUGGGCUUCGGUUUUGUUUACAUCUGAAUACAUUGCAGUUUUUAUUAUGUGACGUUUUCCAGAGUUUAAGUGGAAAAGAGAACUUGGGAAACUAAAAAUUAUGCUUACAUUUACAAGAAAGUGUAUGAUUACGUGGCAGGAAGUUAAGCUGGCUGCGAGUUAAAGCUAUACUGUUACUAAACUUCGUAGUCAAAACCCAGUAAAUAAAAGAAAUAUAGUAAAAAAGUCUUUUGUUGUGGCUUUAUCUCUUAUUCUUUUUUAGUUCAAGGUUUUUGGUAAAAUACUUUAUAACGGGAAAUUAUUUUUGUAAAGAAGAAAUAUGUGUGGAACAAACUCAAAACUGGGAGAUAUGCAAGCACUGAUUCUAGUUGGUGGGUAUGGAACCAGAUUACGUCCACUGACCCUCAGUCGUCCUAAACCGUUAGUGGAGUUUGCCAAUAAACCUAUGCUGUUACAUCAGAUUGGUGCUCUUGUAGAGGCUGGUGUGAAGAGGGUGAUUCUUGCUGUAUCUUACAGGGAAGAUAAAAUGGAACAGGAGCUCAGAGAAGAAGCUGAAAAGUUGGGUGUCACUUUGGUAUUCUCAUACGAGACAGAGCCUUUGGGAACUGCAGGACCACUUGCUCUUGCUAAGGAAGUGUUGUUGGCAUUCAGCAGUGAACCUUUCAUUGUGCUGAACUCUGACGUCAUAUGUGACUUUCCUUUCAAAGAUUUAGUGGCAUUCCAUAAAAAUCAUGGAAAAGAAGGCACUAUAGUUGUUACAAAAGUUGAAGAGCCUUCAAAAUAUGGAGUUGUACUCUAUGGAGAAAAUGGAUGUAUAGAAAGUUUUAUAGAAAAACCACAGGAAUUUGUCUCAAACAAAAUCAAUGCAGGCAUGUACAUUCUCAACACCAGUGUUCUCAAAAGGGUACAGCUUUGUCCCAUGAGUAUUGAGAAAGAAGUGUUUCCUUUCAUGGCUCAAGACAAAGAGUUGUAUGCCAUGGAGUUGCAAGGAUUUUGGAUGGAUGUAGGCCAACCAAAAGAUUUCCUUAAAGGAAUGUGCCUAUACUUGACAUCACUACGGCAGAAACACCCCGAGCAGUUGCACAGUGGGGAGGGCAUGGUGGGUAAUGUGUUGGUAGACCCAACAGCUAAGAUAGGCCAAGGCUGUAGGAUCGGCCCCAAUGUGACUAUUGGCCCCAAUGUGGUAGUGGAGGACGGAGUGUGCAUCAAACGCAGCACCGUACUGCGUGGGGCCAUUGUCAAGUCUCACUCGUGGCUGGAGGGUUGCAUCGUGGGUUGGCGAUGUGUUGUGGGCAAGUGGGUACGUAUGGAGAACACCACCGUCCUGGGGGAAGAUGUCAUCGUCAAAGAUGAAUUGUACAUCAAUGGAGGACAGGUGCUUCCACAUAAAUCCAUUGCCACAUCGGUGCCUGAGCCGCAGAUCAUCAUGUAAAUAAACCGUUUCCCAAAUGUAUAUUCUGUACAUGUAAAUUUUUAUACUUUAAGUGGCUUUUUUGCUGACAUUAGGUUUUAGUAAGGGGAUUCCAUUAAUUUUCAGUAAUGAGAUGUACAUAGCUAUAUGUAUUGUAAAUUAUAUAAGACAUACGAAACAAGAUUUAUAUAUUUUAUUGCAUUUAUAUAGUACGUUGUAUUCCAAAUAAUAGGUUUUAAGUAAACA